AUGGAAAGUACACCAUUCAGUCGUAGCGACCAUAAAGGUCAACUGUCAUGGACACAACUUUUACAGACAUCAAGAAAUCGGCAAAUGACUGAAAAUUCUUUUCGAAGUAUUUGUGAAGCAUAUAGACGAGUUGAUAAAUGCUUGCAAGACUGUGAAAACACAUCUGAAUAUAGUGCUAGUAUUCGUCAAACCUAUGCUGGUUUACGUUUUAUAUGCAUUGAACAUAGUGAAGAAUUCUUCAGUAAUCUGCCAUGCCUCGCUCAGUACGAACCUGUAGCAAUGUCUAGAUGUCAAAACGAAAUCAAUCAAUCACUGGAGAGUAGCAAUUCAUUUAGCGCAGCCGUUAUUAAUCGUGAACAGCAUAAUAUUCGCAGCAAAUUCAGUAUAUUGUGCAAAGACCUGACAAAUACUAUCAGAUGUAUUGAACCAGUUACGCGUAAUGGAUGUGGUGAGGAUGCAGCUAAAAUGAUGCUCAAGUUUAUUAGCGUUGGCUUUACAAGUUUUGAGCAGUUAUACAACCAUCUCGGUAUCACCGAUCGGCUGCCCCAUUCGUGUCGUCAAUUACUCAAUUUGACUAUUAGAAGUCUAACUAAUAAUGACAGACGAUUCACUUCACAAUCGCGCCAUUCCUAUCCCGAAAUUCAAAUUAUUUCUGACAAUGCUUCAGGCUUCAUUCCAAGCAUCAUCUUUUCAUUGCUCAGCUUUUCACUUUCUUCCAUUUAA